CCCCCCACUGUCAUCUGUUUUAAAAAAUUCGUCUGCUCCUCUUCCAUUUUUAACUUCUUCUGUUUCCAUUCUCUAUCAGGUGUCAAAGAGAGCAAAGUUUUUACUCUCCAGCUGUGCAGUGCUCCGUUCUAACCGAAUGUUACCGAUUCCAUUAUUUUUAAACAAAGAGGUCGAGAGAGAAUAAAUCGAAUACAAAAAUGUCGCGACAUCGAGAUGUGAGAGCUAUGAAAUACUCCGAUGAGUAUGAUGGUUAUGAUGACGUUUAUGGCCAUUCUGUGGAAGAUGAUUACUGCAUAUCCCCGAGCGCCGAACAAUUUAUGUUUGAUCGUAACAAACAACAGAAUAUCGCUUCGUUUUUCACCGAACCGGAUAUUGAAGAAGACAACGAAGAGGAGGAGGAAGCCUGUGGAACUCCAAAAAAGCCGGAACUCUCUGAAAUCGAUACUGCUAAACUUGUAUCAUGCAUUGAAGUCAUUAGAAAUGUUAUUGGUGAUUCAGUAUCUGAAGCAGAGCUUACAGAGAAAAUCAUGAAGGCUGGCUUCAAUGCUGAAGUCGCUCUCGAUGAAAUUCUGAAGUCUACACCCCAGAAAAAGGAAUUUCCAGCAGCAAUGGCGAAGGACCGGGUGGACUCGCAAACAGGUGUCAAGGCAUUGAAGCCAGUGGUGCAAGUAUCAGUCUCAUCAGCUAUAAAAGUGGUGCCAGCGACCACUAAAACCGUGAUAAAAGGCUUUAACCUGGGUGGAGAGAGUCAUGAAUUCCUUUCACCUAGAAAUGAAACACCAAGAUCCCAAAGUCCCGCAUCAUUGCCACAUUCACCUGAUCCUCGACGCAAGGAUGACAGCAGUAAACGAGGCCAGGUUUCGACAUCAACAACUCCAAGGUGUCAGUCGCCAAUGGGAGUGGGAUCUGGACGUGCAACUCCUGAUACAGAGAUACGAGGAAAGACACAUGAAGACAAGAGGGAUGUUACGUCGAUUUACAAGAAAAAUCGAGGGGAUUCUAAGGAACAGUUGCAUCUUGUUGUUGUGGGCCACGUGGACGCAGGAAAGAGUACUCUUCUGGGACGAUUGCUUUGCGAUCUUGGACAGGUGUCCUCUAAACUGAUUCACAAGUAUCAGCAGGAGAGCAAGAAAAUUGGAAAGCAGAGCUUUGCUUAUGCUUGGGUUCUUGACGAGACUGGGGAGGAACGAGAGAGGGGAAUCACUAUGGACAUUGGCUACUCCAAAUUUGAGACUGACACUAAAUCGGUGACACUCCUUGAUGCUCCUGGACAUAAAGAUUUCAUUCCUAAUAUGAUUACUGGAGCUACGCAGGCUGAUGUUGCACUCCUGGUGGUUGAUGCAACGAGGGGGGAGUUUGAGACUGGAUUUGAGAGCGGAGGACAGACGCGGGAGCAUGCCUUGCUGCUACGUUCGUUAGGUGUUUCAGAAUUGGCAGUAGUAGUCAAUAAAUUGGAUACAGUUGACUGGUCAAAAGAUAGGUUCAACGAAAUUGUUGAUAAAAUGAGUGUAUUUUUGAAACAAGCUGGAUACAAAGACAGAGUUACAUUCGUGCCCUGCAGUGGACUAUCUGGAGAAAAUAUUGUCGUAUCCCCGAAAGCAGAAGACCUCGCCAGUUGGUACACAGGCCCAACACUUCUGUCAGUGAUUGACAAUUUCAAAUGCCCUGAACGACCAGUGAACAAACCCUUCCGUUUCUCCGUUAACGAUAUUUUCAAAGGCACAGGAUCGAAUUUCUGUGUCUCAGGACAUGUGGAGAAUGGAAUGGUCGCGGUUGGCGAUAAAGUUCUUGUGUCACCUCACAAUGAGAUUGCUGUAGUUAAAGGCAUGCAAAUCGAUGAACUAUCCACAACCAACGCCUUCGCAGGUGACCACGUAUCUGUUACCCUGACUGGAAUAGAUCAACAGAACGUAGCUAUUGGAGAUGUUCUUUGUUCUUCAUCGAGGCCAGUCGCAGUUACAACGUGUUUUCAAAUUCACGUAGUUAUUUUCACUGUCACUAUUCCCAUUACCAAGGGUCUUCCAGUGGUUCUCCACGUGCAAUCUCUCGUGCAGCCUGCCGUUAUCACAAAACUAAUUUCACAAUUGCACAAAAGUAGUGGUGAAGUGACGAAAAAAAAGCCCAGAUGUUUACCAAAAAAUUCAAGUGCUAUCAUUGAAAUUAAAACUAACCAACCAAUAUGUUUGGAGUUAUACAGAGAUGUUAAACAACUUGGGAGAGUUAUGCUGAGGGUAGCUGGAACGACAAUUGCUGCUGGACUCGUGACAAAAAUUAAGUGAAGAUUUUUAAGUCAAUACAUUGUAAUUUUUCCUUUGGCAAUCAAAAUAUAUUCUUCAUACUUUACCAAUAAUUUGUGUCUCGAACAUUUGUAAAAUAGUUACAUCAAUAUUCUAAUCAUAAAUACAAAAAAUUUUCAAAGUUUA